GAAAGAAGUGGAGAGAGGUGGCACAAUCAAGAUAUAUCAGGGUGACAGUGUUGUAAUUACUUGACGUCUGGUCAGCCCUGUACCACUGACUGUGUAGGAGCACAGCUGACCACUUUGGCCUCAACCCUUAACUGCACGACCACUACCUCCUCAAGGUCAUGGAUGCGGGUACCAAGGACAUAGAAAACCCCCCACCCCUUCCACUUAUCCUGGAACGUCGCAUCCGCAAGAGGCGACCUCCACUUUCUAUCCUGAGAUCCAGGGUGAAACAGGAGGUGGCAUGCUCCACACCUAGGGUUCGAAGCCUCUUUUCUGGGUUCUUUCCUGUGGUGCGUUGGCUGCCAAAGUACAAGCUCCAACAGUAUGUGUGGGGGGAUGUGAUGUCUGGGCUGAUCGUGGGGAUCAUCCUGGUACCCCAGGCAAUAGCCUACUGUUUGCUGGCUGGAGUGGAGCCAAUCUAUGGCUUGUAUACUUCAUUCUUCGCCAACAUUAUCUAUUUCUUCAUGGGGACAUCCAAGCACGUUUCUGUUGGAAUCUUCAGCCUCAUGAGCCUUAUGAUUGGUCAGGUAGUUGAUAGGGAAGUGUAUCUGGCAGGUUUUGACCUGAACGAGGACUCCGGAAUCAGCGCAAACAGCCUUGACAUCUUGAAUGGCACACAGGGCACCAACCUCUCAGCAACGGAAAUGGGGAGCAUGGGCAUUGAAUGUGGCAAGGAAUGUUAUGCCAUUAAUAUAGCAGCUGCCGUCACUUUUCUCGCUGGUAUCUACCAGGUGAUGAUGGCGAUUUUUAGAUUAGGGUUCGUUUCAGUCUACCUUUCGGCCCCCAUGCUGGACGGAUUUGCCACAGGAGCUUCAUUCACUAUCCUGACUGUCCAGGCGAAGUACCUGCUAGGGCUGAAGAUUCCUCGUCACCAGGGCUAUGGGACAGUGGUUGUCACCUGGAUUAAUAUUCUUUCCAGCAUUCACAAGACCAAUAUCUGCGACCUCAUCACCAGCGCCAUCUGCAUCACUAUACUAGUUGCUGGAAAGGAGAUUCAGGACCGCUACAAGGCUCGUCUGAAGAUCCCCUUGCCGACUGAGCUGAUAGUUGUGGCAGGAGCAACCCUCAUUAGCCAUUUUGGGGACCUUCACAGCCAUUACGAGUCUAGUGUCUCCGGUCACAUCCCCACUGGGUUUAUGCCACCGACAGUACCCAGUUUUGGCCUCAUGCCACGAGUGGCACUGGAUGCAAUUCCUUUAGCCAUCAUAAGUUUUGCCUUCACAGUGUCUCUGUCAGAGAUGUUUGCUAAGAAGAAUGGCUAUACGGUGCGUCCAAACCAGGAAAUGCUAGCCAUCGGCUUCUGCAACAUAAUCCCUUCCUUCUUCCAUUGUUUCACCACCAGUGCAGCGCUGGCUAAAACCAUGGUGAAGGAGUCAACAGGUUGCCAGACACAGGUAUCCAGUCUGGUGAGCGCUGUAGUUGUCCUUCUUGUACUCCUCUUCUUUGCUCCUUUCUUCUACGCCCUUCAGAAGUGUGUCCUUGCCAGCAUAAUCAUUGUCAGUCUCAGGGGAGCACUGAGGAAGUUCCGGGAUGUUCCGGCCAAAUGGCAUACAAGUAGAAUUGAUGCCAUAGUUUGGAUGGUUACCAUGGCAGCCACUGCUCUGAUAAGCGUUGAACUAGGCCUCUUGGUGGGAGUUUUCUUUUCAAUGCUCUGUAUUGUCUUUCUGACACAGAAACCUAAGGUCUCUCUCCUGGGCCGGGUCAACGACACUACGGUUUAUGAGGACCUGGAAGAGUAUGAGAACCUAAUACCACCUGCACGGGUUCACAUCUUCCAAUUCCAAGCUCCUCUCUACUACGCCAACAAAGACUCCUUCCUCAAAUCCCUCUACAAAUCAGUCAAGGUGGAGCCCUUCUUGGAGUUGACCAAGAGAAGAAAGGCAGACAAGAUAAAAGCCAAAGAGAUGAAAACAGAUAAAACCAAUGGAGAGGUUGUUUUAGGACUAGUUGAGAGGGAAUUGGAUUUCCAUACAAUUGUUCUAGACUGUUCAACCAUUCCUUUUAUAGACUCAACUGGUGUGGCCACUAUUGAAAGUUUGAUCAAGGACUACAAAGAGGUUGGGGUGAGCAUUCUACUUGCUAGCUGUAAUACUUCUGUCAUUGAUAAUCUGAGGAGAGGGUCAUUUUUCAGGAAGAAUGACAAAGACAUUGAAAACAUUCUGUUCUAUACCGUCCAUGCUGCAGUUCUUCAUGCUAAUACUAGGGCAGCGGCAGUGGAACACAUGAUGAAUAAAGAAUUUACUGUAAAAGAACUGAAAGAAUAACAAAUUGAAUUUGAGAGAAAAGAUGCAAAGCUGAAACCCCCAAGACACCAAGGUUCAUUCUUAUCUGCAAGUUCAAGACAAGGGAGGAGGGUGAAACCUAAUGAGCCUCAUCUGAAUCCCUGGUGCUAAAACAAAUGCAGGAACAAAAAUCAGUGAUUCUACCUUUGUUGUUUCCUGCUACCUUUCAGGACAUUGUGUCAGACUACUGCUCUUAUCUGCUUAGUUAUGGAUAUAUUUUGCUCUCAUCAACAUAGACCUCCUCACAGGUGCUGGAAUGAAAAACAAAAAUUGAUAUAAAGAGAAAGCCACCUCACUGUUUUGUUGUUUUCUGAAGUACUAGAUAUAAACUGUACAAAGACAGUAUAGUAUCAACUUGAUUUCUUUAUACAUGCUCAAUAAUCGAGGUAAGAAAAUCACAGAAAGUUGAAUCAGUUCAUCUGGACAUAACGGUUAUUGAGAGACAAACAUUUCAUCACUCAUCUAAGUGCCCUCUUCAGUCUCAACUGACUGCAGGUAUCCCCACCCUUGUAGACACAGUGGCAUAACGACUGAAAACAAGGAUCAGUUUCAUAUGCAAACUGCC